AAGAUGGUAUUUGUUACGAAAUAAAGGUAUUCUUGUUCAACAACUUUAUCAAGAGGUAUGGCAGUCAAGUGGUAUUGAUCCAGAAGAAAUAAUUGAACUUUUAGUUCAUUUUCGUCUUGCAGCUCAAGUUCAAACUGAGCUUUAUGAUAGCAGAUUCAAGCAAUAUUUUCUUCCAGCAGUGCUACCAGGAUACACAGGUGACCCUAAUACAGAAGUACGACCUGGUUAUAAGCUAAGAGCCUCACCUGUACACAUUACAUUCUCCACUGGGCAUGUACCUCCUGGCUUCUUCACUCGUUUAGCAACUGCUAUUGCUAUAAAUCCCAAUGUUGAGCUCAAUUUUGAAAAUGAUUAUGCUUAUGCAGUACCUGCUUCCGGUUUUUUCAAUCGACUUCUGCAUCGAACCUCUGAAGUUGAAAUAAAAAGUAUCUAUCGUAAUCGUGUCUGCUUCUCUUAUGGUCAUCCUUCUGAUGAUUUUGUUCUCACUGAUGUUAAUGAAGCUAUUCAAGUUGACGUGUUGAGAUAUGUUCCUGAGAGUAGUCACCCUGUUCCUUUCAAAGCAGUUUGUCAAAGAAUAUUGAAGAUAUUAGAUGAAUGCUGCCAAAAGGUUGAAGAAACUCUUCACCAUGGUCAUCAUGCUGAUCAAUCAUCAAGAAAAGUACAGUAUGUUUGUCAAUGCAGUCCUUCCAGUGAUGUACAUUACAUUCAAGACAUUGAUGCUGAGAAGACAAGCUCUGAUCCUGUUUACUGCAAAAUGGAAAGAUGCCCUCGCCGCCUAACUGAUGAGGAAUCAGUGUGGUUUAAUGACAAUAUGUUGCAAGAAAGACAACUCCAAGAGAUUCCACCUUUGGAAGACAUUACCAUUAAAGAUGAUCACAAGUCGGCAAUUCAAAAAAUUGACUCAACUCCAAAAGACUCCCCCACACAGAUCAGUGAGUCCAAUGAUGAUCAACAUAAAGGCAUAUUGACUAUCAAGAAUCUGGUAGAUAUCAUACGAGUGUUAGAAAAAGGUUACUUUCAGAGCAAAAAAUGGUUUGAUCUUGGUCUCUACUUGGGUCUAAUUCAUAAUGAUCUGAAGACAAUUGAGGAUAACUAUCCACGAGAUGCUAAGCGAUGUCUCAGAGAAUGUUUAGCAAAAUGGCUUACAGAUGAUAUUGAGGCAACAUGGGACAAACUAGCUAUUGCUGCUGGUGAAGUAGGAGAGACAUCAGUUGCUGAAUAUAUAAGAUCAAGUAAAGAACUUUAACAAAUGACAGUAGUGUUAACAUUUGAAUAAUUAAAAUGUUUUGUAAUUAUUAGUGGUUUCUAUUCUUUUUUAGCUGUUGUUUGCAUCGCAUUAGUAUACAUAUUUUUUAUUAAGUAAUUGUUUGCUAUUUUGUUUCUUCAAGUUAUUGUUGAAUGCAGCACAAUGCUGGUGAAUAAGGAAGCAGUUCCUGUCACAAGUAGUCAGUGUAUAUUGAUAUUUCCU